ACGGCGGGAGAACACAGUAGUCUAGGAGGGAUAGAUACACGUUAGUUGUCUUUUCUAAGUGAACUAUUACACUCCAGUUUAGCCUAGAAAUGGCAACUUCUUCAUUGUCUAAGGGUUGUUUUGUGUUCAAACCCAGUGCCAAAAAGAAAAAGAAGACUUCCACUGUGGAGGAUUAUUUUACCAUUGGCAGUGAAGACACAGCCAACAUUAAUGUCAGGUUCAGACUUUGUCAGAAUCUCUGGGACAAGAUUAAAACCGACACUGGGGUUUUGCAAGAUGAACUCAACAGGAAGAUCCUGGACAGUCUCCUGAAGUUCAUCAGAAAGUGCACUUCUACAUUCCAACAUAAGUCUGAUGACUGGGCUUCGCGUAUGAGAGCCAGCGAGAUACCCACAGCGGCCCUCAGUCUAGGGGUGAACGUGCCCGAUCAUGAUAUGACUUUCCAGAGCCUCACUGAGCUGCUCCAGCUGUCUGUUACUCCAUAUGUGGUCUCACUACAAGCCAAAGAGUGUGGAGCACUGAAGCACCUGAUGCAGAAAGUCCUAAAGAGGCUGAUGGGUUCCUGUCUGUCAGUAGAUGAGGAGGAAGACACAGAGCAGUGCAGUACCCAGUCCAACCAGAAGAGGGUACACUGUUCCCUCAGCACUCUCUGUGACUGGUACAAGUCCAAGACGUCCUCUGCUGGUACUCCAGGCAAAAAGCGCAGUUCUGCCAGUAUAGAAGUGGAUCAGCACCAACCCCCCAUUGUAGUGAUCUUUAAAGAUCUGGAGGCUUUCAACCCCAGAGUGUUACAGGACUUCAUCCUUAUCUGCAGCCGCUACGUUGACCAACUCCCCUUGAUGUUGAUUUUUGGCAUUGCUACGUCUCCCAGCACCAUCCAGCACAUGCUGCCCCACUCUGUGUCCUCCUUGCUCUGCAUCGAGCUCUUCCAGUCCCUGUCCUGCACUCAGCACCUGGCCACAGUCAUCGACAAGCUGAUCCUAACGUCCCAGUUCCCCUUCAAGCUCAGUGGGAAGGUGCUGCAGGUGCUGGUUAGCAUCUUCCUCUACCACGACUUCUCAGUACGCAACUUCAUCAAAGGCCUGCAGCUAGCCCUGCUAGAGCACUUCCACUCCCAGCCCCUGAGUGUGCUGUGCUGCAAGAAGGAGGAGGUUGUCGGCCACGUCGCAGAGCUCAGCCAGCAGGAUGUGGAGAGGGUCCGACAGCUCCCUUCCUUCAGGAGGUAUGUAGAGAAGCAGGAACCCCAGGAGCAGGUGGAGCUGCUGACCAGUGACGAGCAUGUCAAGGCGGUGUGCCAGACAUGGAUUAAAGACCUCCAUAAAUACCACAAGAACUACUAUCCUAUCCUGAGGUGUCUCCAUGUACUCACCUCUUCUUUACCCAAGUACCCCCUGGGGAAACAGAUAAGAGAGCUGCACAUUUCCUGUCUGGAAAACGAUGUGUGGGAGAACGAGGAGUACCAGUCUGCCAUGCAGCUGCUCAGGAUGCUGGCUAAAGACGAGCUGGUAACUGCCCUGCGGAAGUGUGCUGAAAUCCUGAAACCUGGCAAGACCAAGAAGACGAGAGCUGCCCUCGUGCAGCUGGAGGAGCUUCUGGCUAAAUUCAGCCUGCUAGACAAGGCUGCUGCUGCUGAUGUUGCUGCUGGGGAGGAAAUGAGUCCUCCGGGGAAAGGGCUCCCGAUGAAAACAGACCUCUUCCAGCUACAGAAGUCACUGCUAGCGAAGAAGGACUCUCUCAGAUCCAAGAAGCUGAGUCAGUUUGAGAAUCUGCGAAAUGAAGCACUAGUAUUUAUCGACAGCCUUGUGAGGAUGCAUCUGUCUCCGCCUGACAAUCAAACUCUCUACGAGGUGUACUACUACAGCUCCUCAGCCAUCCUGAGACGACAUCUGAACGCCACGCCUCGCACUUCCAUCCAGACUGCCCUGAGCAACCCGUACCACUACCUACAGAAUAACAGUCUCCGAACAGAGGAAGGGACUGUGUCCAAUGCUGCUCCUGACAUCUGCAUCGUGUACAAGCUCCACCUGGAGUGUGGCCGCCUGAUCAACCUGUAUGACUGGCUGGAGGCUUACUCCACUGUGGUCUCAGCCGCAGAGGGCAAGGAUCCCGACUCGGCAGACUACGGCAAAGUUGAUGAACUCAAGCACGCUCGUUUCAUCCAGGCGGUGUCUGAGCUGGAGUUCCUUGGCUUCAUCAAGUCCACCAAGCAGAAAACAGACCACGUAGCCAGGCUGACGUGGGGCGGCUGCUAGCCUCGGGUGUGCUGCAGUCAGACUAUUUCACAAAACAAUUAUUGUUUGCCACCUCAUCCCACUUUGCCUUUAGGACAUCCGAUUGCUUAAAUGACUUGGUAUGCACAAGUUUUACAGAAUUGUACUAUCUGAUAGGUGAAUGCAAUUUAGGCAACCUUAUUUUCUCCAUAUCUUGUUCUGGGCCGAAGAAGCUUGGUGAUCAGUCUGACAGUUACACAAUGUGACCACACAAGAUGACUAGUAAACCUCAGGGAAUGUGGCUAGGUUUAAUUAAUUGCCUGAAAAUACAGUUAGGCAAUUGUUUCCUCAUGAUUGCAAUGAGGUGCUCUGUGUAACUAUGUUUGGAUUAUGGGAAAAAAGUUGGGUUCACUCAUUGCAAAUGUACAAAAAUCUACAACUGGGGCCCUUUCUACAUCUUUAAGUACAUAUUUUGAAAAGACUAUUUGCAAAAGGUAUGCUUUUUCAGAUGUUGAAGGACAUGGUAGGUAGUUAUUGUUUCAUGUGGGUGAAGCCUUGAUAUAUUUGUAUCCUUGCCUCAUCUAGUGUGUAGGGAAGCUGAUGCCUCCACUUGUUAAAUGAGUGCAAGUUAGUCUGAGUGGAGUGUUGGUACUGUGCCUACAGAUAUAAACACAUUUGUAACAACAGCCCUCAAUUUCUCCCCAUUACAUCACAAAACAUGUCUUAAAACAUUUUAUUGUUUGGUUUUUCCACUAAGUACAUAGGCUUUGAAGUAAUACCAGCAAAACAAAAAAUGUCUAAAUAAAUAAAACAUUUUGGUAGGGAGCACGAAAAAAAAAAAUCAAAUAAACCCAAUUCCAACUCCUCGUGUCCAAUACAAACAAUAUGAAUUAUGGGUAAACUUUUUCCUCAAGUAUACUAACUUGUAUCUCCCACUUUCAUAGAUUUA